AUGGCACAUGUAUUGAAGAGCUUAAACCGCUGCGUCACGCCGCAUCUGUAUCGAUAUGUGUAUCUAUGGCCGAAGUCUCCCUGGGCGUCAGAUCCGCCUGUCUUCAUUAAAUGGCCGAAUAGUCUCACCCAGAUGUAUUGUGCCGCCGACCAACGUACACGUAUCUUCCACCUCGACCUUUUCAAGCAAACGAUUGUUCAACGCCCAGAUCUACGACGAUGUGUAGUUGCGGCAAGCUUUGAGUGUCGAGUCAACGACUUUGAGAACCAUCUUGUUUCCGUUGUGGUUGAAAUCCUGGCGGGGUCCGCCGAAUGUUUGCAUGCUGCUCCAGAAAUGUGUAUUCCGCCAGCCCACUACUUCAAAUAUUUGACAUCUCUGGAAAUCGAUGGAGAGGAACUGAGGGGCAGUUACGAGGGUGCUCUCUGCGAUAUUUUCUGUCUGCCGAUGCUUCAGUCGAUUUCUGUGGCUCGUGUAAAGAAUUGGACGUGUUUUGACACCAGCACCAUUCGAGCUGACCGAGCCAGGACAUCCACCGUGAAAAAUCUUUUACUCCGAGAGAGUGUCAUCCCGGGUCCCGAUCUGAAAGAAAUCCUUACUUGGGCGAAAGCUCUCAAGUCUUUUAGACUCGCGCUCCAUUUUCGUGGCCCGCAAGAAGGCCACGAAGUUGUUCAUCGGGCUUCGGAUUUUAGUGACGCCCUGCUGCCUCAAGCGUCGAGUCUGGAAGAGCUUCACGUUUACUGUGAAUCGGAAUUAGUUUUAAAGGCUGAUCCAUCCACCCUUUUUGACCAGCCUAACACAGUGGACCUUCGCGACUUCACCAAGUUGAGACGUGUUGGUCUUUGUCUCUCAUUUCUGAUGGUUUCCAUAUCAGAUGCAGAUUUCCACAAUAUUGAUGUCGGGUCUUUCCCUCAGACAUACCAAAUAUUGCCCCCAGCAUUGGAAGACCUGCAAAUUGAAAUGCCAGACGACUUUCCACCUGCAGUCUUCUUCGCAACAGAUCAAAAUUGGGAAGUUGAGCUUCGGGCCGGUGAGUUGAGCUCCAUCAUGAGCGCCAUAUUUGAGAACAAACAGACACAUCUUCCGCGCUUGAAAAGGGUUUUGUUUUUCCAGUGCCGGAGUGUCGCAGAAGCGGAGGACCUGCGAGCGAUUCCAGGAUGUUCCCAGAUGCUGGAACAUUCUGAAUCCGCUGGGGUAGAUGUCUCUUGGACCAGUUGUAGUAUCCCGCCACUCUUCAACCAUUGA